UGACUAAUAGUAAUGUUGCAACUAAAGAAGUGCAUGGUGGCAAUAAAUUAAAUUCAGAUAAACACCGUGCUACAGAAGCAAACAAUACUGACAUUGAGUUACUGGAUGAACUGAUGGAGGAAMCUUUAGUUAACAAAGAUCUUGAUGCAGCAGCAGUAAGUACAAGUAAUAACGAUGCUAGAAAUGAAGGAAUGAUUGAUGGUAACAAACCAAUAAAAGAGGAGAAUUGUGACGAAUAUUCAGGCAAUCAAAGCAUCACUGGAACARUAAAUACAAGCAACGAUGUCGAAGAACAAAGAAACUCAGCAAGCAAAAUASAAAAUCCGCAAUUGUCGAAUGAGAUCAGUGCAACUACUAACAACGGCUUGCCUACCGAGGAAGAAAGAAAAGAAAACAGUCAAAGCUGCAACAACCAGUCAUCAACUGACGCAAAUACUAAAACCACCUUUGAACAAGAAAAACAGACUAAGCAGCAUUCUCCGAAUUCCAAAAAUACAAGCAAAUCAAACGCUGCCAAACCCCCCCGUAAAAGACCAUACAAGUGCAAAGUUUGUGGAAAGACUUUUGACAGAGGACACCGCUUUGAUAGACAUGCACGCACGCAUACCAAGGGUGCAAUUACCUGUCAUGUAUGUGGGGAAGUAUUUCCUGGAAAAGCUUCUCUUUCCAAUCACAUGAAUAUUCAUUCUGGUACCAAAUCUCAUCAGUGUAAAACGUGCGGCAAAUGUUUCACCCAAGCUGGUAAUCUUCAAGUUCAUGAACGCGUCCAUACUGGAGUCAAACCAUACAAAUGUGAUAUUUGCGGAAAAAAWUUUUCUCAAAUUGGAAACUUGCGAGCGCACAUUCGCAUUCAUACCGGUGAUACGCCUUAUCAUUGCAAACUUUGCGAUGGAAAAUUUAGACAACUUAGUCAUUUAAUAAGUCAUGAAAAAAACUUUCAUAAAUUGAAGCGAUAAAGAUGAAGUUGGGAUCAACUCCUUUACGAGUGUUAAACCAAUGUAACUCAAUAUGACGGCUAUUAUAGUAUCAGUUUGAGAUGCGUUUUUAAUAAAUUAAUGGGUCGAACCCUGUACAUAUAUAAUAGAUUCAUAAUUACUAAUUAUUGCUACUGUUGGCCAUCUAAUUGAGAAUUUAAUAUUGCUUUCUUUUUUGUAUUAAUAGAGGACURCUGAUAUGUUCACACUGUCCUACAAUAAUUUUGUUAUUUUAAUUUAUAWGUACUAUACGUGACUACAAAAAGAUAAUGAAAUAAUGUAAGUCUUGCAUUUUUGUUUUUAAUAAAAGAUAUACCAAGUAUA